CACCGUGUGAGCCGUCCAUUCAUUUCCUCCUGAGAAACACACGGCGGAGGAGGGAACACAGAAAGAGAGAGAGAGAGAGAGAGAGAGAGAGAGAGAGAGAGAGAGAGAGAGAGAGAGAGAGAGAGCGACACACGCACAAACACACGGAGAGAGAGAGAGAGAGAAGGGGGUCACAUCAAAAAAGUGCGACAUAGGAAAACAAGACAGAAAUUAACAGGGAGACAGAGGAACGCUGUAAGGAUAGUAGUCCUCGCUCACAAUUACUGAGCUUAAUAAACAAGACACGAAGACUUGACCUGCUGUCACCUGUAUGGCAAGAGGCGAGUAGGUCCCACAUGAGGAACAGCGCUAUCAGGAUGUUGAUGCUGGAUGGGAUGCCAACCCUGCCAGUUAAAAUCAAUCCUGCAGAGUCACAGAGACGGUCUCCUGUGAUCCAUGACUACACAGAGAUGGGUGUGCUGGUGUUGAACCGCAGAUUUCGGACACAGCCAGAUGACAGACGAUUCCUGUCUGACCCCUUCCAGACGCAAACAGAGCCCGUGGAUCUCUCCACUAACAAAGCCAGAACCUCCCCGUCACUUUCAGCAUCUUCAUCUUUAUCUUCAUCUCCCUCGUCUUCUUCGUCAUCAAUACGAUUUUGUCCACGCUCUCCUCCCUCCAGCAAGUCUCUGCCAUCUUCAUCCCCAUCAUCAUUAUCCAUGCCUUCGUCCUCCUCCACAUCCGUCAUAACCCCGGUUCCUCGUUUGAAGAUGUCUCCAUCCUGCUCUGUCCCGGUGGUGUCAUCUCUUCCAUCCAGGGGACUCAGGGGACAGUCAUUUUUGCACAUACCCCAGCUGAUGCCUCCGUGUUCCAGUCCGGUUCACAUCCAUCCACGCCGGGUGCCGGUGGUGGUGCAGCCCAUGCCGCUGGUCUACCCUGGGGUGGGUUCGCUGGGCAGCAGCAGGCUCAUGAUGCCACUUUUGGAGGAAAACAGGAUGCACAGAAAAGUGAUGCACCGAAUGGCAGAUGGACUGUCACCGCGACGAUCUCUGAGUGACAGCGAGGAUGACGACUUGCCCAACGUGACCUUGGAGAGUGUGAAUGAAACAGGAUCCACCGCCUUGACCAUCGCCCGCGCUGUCCAAGAUUCCCUGUUGCCGUUCAGUAUUGAGAGUCUGCGGAGGCCCAGGCCUUCAGAAUCACCAGACUCAAAGAGAAGACGCAUUCACAGGUGUGAGUUUGAGGGCUGCAAUAAGGUUUACACCAAAAGCUCUCACCUUAAAGCCCACAGACGCACACACACAGGUGAAAAGCCAUAUAAGUGCACGUGGGAUAACUGCACAUGGAAGUUCGCUCGCUCUGACGAACUGACGCGACAUUACCGCAAACACACCGGCGUCAAACCGUUCAAAUGCAGCGACUGUGACCGCAGUUUCUCCCGCUCGGACCACCUUGCCCUCCACCGCCGCAGACACGCUCCACAAACAUGCCUAGUGUGAAAAAACACACUCAACGGACAAAACAAGCAGAAAGAGCGGGUCUCUUUCUGCCAGUGCCGCAUGCAGAAGCUCUGGAAAUAUUCCCCGCACAACAAUAAUGAGGAGAAAGGUAUGGUCAGUUCAUGGAAUUGGAUAGAUAUGUAUCAGCAUUUAUUUGCCUUUCCCUCAUACGGUUUAUUGUUCUGCACUUUUAGGUGAGGUUUAUUCGUGAAGGUGGGAGCCUUGAGUCUUUAAUAAUGAACUAUUAAAAGCCAUGUGCUGUUAAAUGUGUUUUAUAUAGGCCUACAGGUUUCCUUCAGGUUUACUCAUGGACGCCUAAUGGAGUUGAAGGUUUUUCUUUUAACUCUCAAAACUAUUUAGAAAUCAUGUUGUACUUAUUUUUCUCGUUUAAAAAGCAUCAAAGAGGAGCCUGAAUAUUUUCUGUGCAAGCUUUGGUUAUGCAUUUGGCAAGUAAAAGUCACUUUGAAAAACAAAAAACAAACAAAAUAUAGUUUGCAGGGUAAUAAAGGCAUGGCUGUAAGUGUGUAGAAUUUAGUACAUAGGCCUACAACAUUAUCAAAACCCACACAAAAAGACAUUAAAACAAACAUCACAGUAUUUACUGCAAGUUCACAGCUUUGCAUGGGCUCCUCCAGUUAUCACUUUAUUAUGAAUUUUGAAAUUGUUUUUGUUUCUUUAUGUAUAACUGAAUGUGAGGAGACCGACGUAACAUUUUAAACUUUCCCUGCAUCAUUUGUGCACAAAACUAGUGUAGCAGAUGUCUGUAUAUUUUAUAGUCUCUACCAUGUGGUAUAUCAUUUUGUUUGUUUGUAUUGUUUGUAUUGUAUGUCAUAUAUUUGUUCUGUAUUCCAAGUUUGCACCCCGCUGUCCAUUAAUAUGUGAUGCCAAAAUCUAUAGUAUUUUACAGGGAACCCUGAUGACUAAAAAUCAUGAGUGUAAAUGAUCGUCAAAUGGGCAGUCCUUUUAUUAUUGU